GGCAACUUUAUUAAGUCAGAAUUUAUUCACGUACGGAUGUCGACAGAGAAAGUGAAUUGGAAGUUUACGAUUUUCGAGUUUAUUAAGUUUAAACAGUGAAAUGAGUAUUUCUGUAUUGUGAGAAAUGCUCUUAUUUUCGUCUAAAGAUUUUAGUGUGUGCCGGUUAAGUGCAUCUUAUUUGGCUAUAAAAUGUUUGAAAGUCGGGGCGACUGACACAUCGGUACUCGCAUGUUUAAAGUAAUUUUUAGGUGUGUUUUGUUGAAUUAGUGUACAGGAUGCCGAGGGGAGAGAACAGGCCGAGCAUCCUGUUAUCUCGGGAAGAGAAUGACCAGGUGUUCAGUUUGAUUGGACCAAAAUGCCAGAGUCUGGCGACAGCAGUGGUUCAGCUGUUUACCACAGAAGACCCAUCACAUUCGAAAUGGAAGAAGAAGGACACAGGCGUGCUUUGUCUGAUCAAGGACAAUGGGAAGAGGUCGUAUUUCUUCAGGAUAUACUGCCUAUACCGAAAAGCAAUGAUUUGGGAGCAAGAAGUCUACCUUCAGAUCGAGUACAAGAACCCAAGACCGUUCUUACACACAUUCGAGGCGGAGGAAUAUAUGGCCGCAUUCAACUUUGCAAACGAGAAUGAAGCGAACAUCCUUAGAAAUAUACUCCUUGAGAAAAUUGAACUCAGGAAGAUCAGACGAGAAGAACGUCGGCAACGGUCGAUGGUAUCAGCGCGCAGCAGCACCGCCAGUUCAGUGCCGUCGCGGCAGAAUGGCACGCUGCCGCCGCCGCCGCCGGAGCCCGAGCCGGCGCCUGCGCCCCCCACCCCGGCGCCCGCACCUCACAUGCAGCCCCCGCAGCCAAUGCCGCAGAUGCAGCCCAUACCCGCCAAGACUAAUCACAGCUUAGGAAGUUACACUUUGAAAAGUAAUAAGAAACAGAAGGGGCGGAAACUGACGAAGGCUGACAUCGGAGUGCCGCAGAACUUCAAACACAUAUCACACGUCGGCUGGGAUGCUAAUAAAGGGUUUGACCUGGACAAUGCGCCGAAUGCCGACGAGCUACGUUCGUUCUUCACGAAGGCCGGGGUGUCAGAGACCCAGCUACAGGACCAAGAGACCAGAGAGUUUAUAUACGACUUCAUCGAGAUGCACGGAGGUCUGCCAGCCGUCAAACAAGAACUCGAUAAUGUUAAGACCCCCCGCGGCGCGCUGCCCCCGGCGCCGAGUAUGUCGGCCCCGCCGCCGCCCGCGCCGCCCGUGCCCACGCGCAGCCCCGCCCCGCCACACCCGCCCGCGCCACCAUCCCGCGCGCCCCCGCCGCCGCCGGCCCGAGUCCUCCCGCCCCCACUGGCACACCGCACCGCGCCCCCGCGCCCCGCGCAACCGGUGAUAUCGUCGGGUCCCCCGUCAGUGCCCCCACCGCCCCCACCGGGGUCGGCUCCCCCGCCACCGCCGCCGCCAAUAUCGGGCGCGGCGCCCCCAGGGCCCCCACCCCCUCCGCCACCGCCGGCGCCCCCCAGCCCCCCGCCGGCGCCCCCGAUGGCGCCCGCCAUGCCGACAGAGAGCGCUGCCCCCACUCCCGCGGCCGCAGAUCCCAGAGCUGCGCUCAUGGAGAGCAUUCGAAGUGGAACCAAGACGCUCAAGCGCGUCGAGCCCGUGGCUAAGCCAGUUGUUGUGGACGAUAGCAGAAGUAACCUGCUCAGCGAGAUCCGGCAGGGAGUGGAACUUAAAUCCGUGUCCCGGUCGGGCAGCAACAGCGGCAGCGAGCGUCGCGGCGCGCGGCCGGCGUGCGGGCUGGCCGAGGCGCUGCAGCGCGCGCUGGAGGAGCGCUCGCGGGCCAUACACUCCUCCGACUCCGACAUGUCCGACGCCACCACCAGCGACGGAGAGUGGGACGACUGAACCACUCCCCACCACACACGUCUCUACAUACCAUGUUCAUGCCAGAAACUAGAUAUCUCUACGUUUCUACGCUACAAAAAUCAUGUAGAUCACUCAUCAUGACUUUUACUGAGAUGCUAGAAUUUAUUAUGUUCAAUUUUAUUGCCGACAAAUACUUGUUGAAGGCUAGUCCUUUGCUAACGUCGGUCAUUCUGGCCCUUCUAAGCGUCCAAUGUGUUUGUAAACUCAAGAGAUAGAUAUUCAUUGUUCUAUUAUAGUUUUUGGUAUCGAAAGUCUAUUACGACCGAUUGUCAAUCUGCCAAUUUCUUUUAGUGCCACUCCGAUUGGCAUUAAGUUCACUUCGGCCAAGUUUUAAAAACACAAUCAAGCCCAAAAUUAACUGCCAAAGGAAAUUUGUCAAGUUUUGGAUAAAUAUUUAACGUUUCAAUUACGCAAAUUAUGCAAAUAUUGAGAAAAAAAAUCCAUGUAUUUUUAUUUUAUGUAACUGAUGAAAAUGUGUCGCUAUAACUAUCAGUGAUAGACAAAAACGCGCCAAAUCGUAUUUUUUUUAAUAUCCAGAUUAUAAGCACGUCACGUUUUUAAUUCAUUUAGUAUCUAUCUUUUUGUUAUACGCGAUAAACAAUAACGAAGUUGCAAUAUUUGUUGUGCUAUUCCUUUCCAUAUUUCGUCCUAUAAUUACUUGUAGAAUAAAAUUAUCUUAGAAAUCCCUCCAAUAAAACACGUGCCUAUUAAUUUGUGUAAAAGGUGUAUGGCAAAAAUAUGAUCAAAAUGAGAAUGGUCCACUAAUGUGGGCUUUGAAACGUAAAGCCGGGAAAGUGAUGAAAAAAAUACGUCAAAACAAAUAUGUACAAUCAACGAUGGAAGUCGCAGUGUCGAUCUUUUUUCACACCAGUCUUCAAAGUAUACUCUGUUCUUAAAGGUAAGCGUCCGCAGGUCCGCAUCGUACGCAUUCCGUAUGACGUCAUCAGCACGCAUCGCAUUUAGGCAUUGCUGAUGAUGCGGUGCGUACGAUGCGGAUCAGUGGACGCAGUUGUAUGAGUUUCUGUACAAGAUAAACUAAAAGCCGUUGUGCGAUGUGUACGAUGCGGGCCUGUGGACACUUUCCUUAAUAAACCUCUUAAAAUUUAAACAGCAAGUACAAACUUGCUUUAAAUAAUACACUUUUAUCGUUGAUUGUACAUUUCACUACUUGUAGGUAGUUCCACGGACAGGUUAUUUCAAAACAUUAUGCAUGUGCGUUAGUUUUAUCCUAGUCAAGGAAUAUGUUUAUAUUUAACUUCAUUUGCAAUGAUGUCGCACUUAUUAUUAGACACUAAAUUACAAUAUUAUUAUUAUAAGUAUUCAGCUAACAACAGUAAGAAUAAGGUUUACUUUUAAUCAUUUACUUGUAUAACUACAAGUCCUUCACCAUUUCAAUUGCAACAAAGGAAUAACUAAGAAAUAACAAUAACAUUGAAGCAAUAGUAUUGUUACAAUCUGUAUUUUAAUGAUAACUUCGCAUACUUAAAUCAGUUGUAAGUACAGGGUAUUUCAACAAGAACUUUGUUUUUUAAAACAAAAUAAAAUAAAGAAUUUGGUGGAAAAUGAAUAAAAUUUUUAUUGUAUUAAAAAGAGAAAAGUUUGGCAAUUAUGAAUGAAAAAUAAUAUCUGGCAAAUGUCCACCAGGACCACGCUGACAGAUGUUGAUUCUUUCAUCAAAAUUUUUAAUCACUUUCCUAACAAUCACACCUCCAGACCACAUAGCACACCACACAGUGACACGUUGAGCAUGCAAAGGCUCCUCAAUAAUUGCUUUAGGAUAUUCAGAAGCCCAAAUGCGGCAAUCUUGCUUAUUGACAAAUGAAAAUGUGCUUCGUCUGAAAAAAUGAUUUUUUGAGAUAAACCACCAGGUUGUUCUGAGCAAAUCUACAGCGAUUUGAAUGGUCGGUCAGCUUCAAUUCCUGCACCAGUUAAAUCUUGUAAGACAUCAAAGCCAAAUCCUUUCGCAAAAUUCGCCAUGUUGUGCUUUUGGAUAACCCCAAUUGUUGAGAACGCCGUGAAAUUGAUAACUUUUGAUCUUCUUCAACACUGUGGCUCACGGCAGCGAUGUUUUCUGUUGAACGACACGUGUUGGUGUUGGUACAUUUUGAACCGAGCCUGUCGACUCAAAUUUCGAGACCAAAAUUCUUGAUAGCGAUCUCAGAAGGACGAUUAUGUUGCCCAAAAAUAUCACGAAUUUUACGAAAUGUAACUUUAACAGAACGACCAUUUUUAUAGUGAAUUUGAAUUAUUUUAAUGCAAUUUUUGAGCGAAAUUGAAUUCAUUGUAGUAAUUGCCAAAGCGCCUACUACGAAUACCGCCAAAAAUUAAAUGCGAAAAACUGCCACAGUCUUGGUGUUGCUCUAAUUAAAAACAAAGUUCUUGUUGAAAAACCCUUUAUAUUUAUUAUGUUUAGUUAUAACGAGUAUUAUGUUUAAAAGAAUGACGGGAAUGUUACGUGUUAUACUAUCGAGCAAUACAUGAUGGUUGAGUGUCUUAAGGGUCAUAAUAUCAGUUUAAAUUAAGCGUUUUUUCUUUAUCUUGUUAUUAUAUUCUUGAUUAAAGUAAAUUAGUCGUUUUUUAAAUCUUUUUUUCUUAUAAAAAUGUGUGCCAGAGUAGCUAGACGACUGAGCUAUUACUGAUAAAGGAUUAAAACGAUUGAAACGUUCUUUGUCAGUUUUACUCGGCCCUAGUUGUAUGAAUUUACUUCAGUUCAAAUGUGAUAUUGGAAUAAUUGUGCUCAGCAAUAUUUUUCUCUUUGUAUCGAGUCAAGCAUUUAUGCAUAGGUGUUCUAAGUGCAUUGGAGGCAAUGUUUCUUAAUUCGAGGUGGUCAUGGAUUGAAUUAUGUUUGAGAGAGAAGGCUUCCAAAGCUGUUAAUACUUCAGCUAAAUUUCUCAUAACUGAGAUGUUGGGUAAAUAUAAUCACUGUCGCCCUCCCUCGAAUUAAGAAAGCCUUCCAAUGUGUUUCUUUAUUAGUGUCAUGUGAAUAUUUUUAUAAUUUAAGUAAUUAAUUACUUUUUGUAAUAAAUAAUACAAGUUAUUAAUAUUUUUAUUGAUUAAUAUUUUAAAUGUUAUGUUUGUGAAGCCGUAGAAAGAAUACGUUUGUAUAUUGCUUUAAAUGUUCUAUUUAAAAUACUAACACGUAUCAACAAGUAUAUAAAGCAUAUGUCGCCUUAUUACAUUAACAAUUAUACAAUCAAAGGCUGACGUACUCUUUCGACGAGAUCACUUAUAUAUUUUAUAUAUACUAUUGAUGUAAAAUGUGUAUAUAAAUUGUAGUAGGUAAAUUCUAAUAGACUAAAGUGCUGAUUAUGACUGAAAGGAAAUCAACCGUGAUUCUAAAUUAACAAAUUUUGAAGUGUGUGCUACUGGUCUAUUUGAGAUGGAUUACUAGUUGCAAAAUAGCAAUAAUAACUUCUUAGUAAAGUUCAAAAUGCAAUGUCCUAGUGACAUGGAACAAUAUCAAAGCACAUACUUCAUUGUAGGUAGAUAAUAGAAAAUAAUAUGACGUUAGCAUCCAUACUUUCUCUGAAUGCUUUCAACUGCUCACAUUGAAUUGUCGAUUUUACUCGUAUCAAUAUUAGAUAUAUUUUCGCAUGAGUCAGUUUUAUUCGUCGCAUUAUAAUUAAUAUACAACUAACAAGCAAUGUAAAUUCAAAAAGUAAUCCACCUGUCGUUUCGUGUUUAUUUUAUUCCAUAAGUUUAUUAAGUGAAAUAAUUAUUUUUAAUAAUGGUGUAUAAAAAAGAGUAAAGUUUUAUUUUCUUGCAAGUCGUACUUGUUACUUUUAAUUUUUUAUGACUAGAUAAUUAUUUAGGUUAUAAGUUAGAUAGAUUCAGAUGACUUAUGAAAGUGAUUCAUUCAGUUCAGUUUUUAGAAAGAGAAAGUAAAUGUUGGUUGUGUUUCAGUUUCAUUAUAAUAUGUUGUUUGCAGUUACUCCAAAGAUGUACUCGUUCGUAUCAGCAUAAUCAAGUUCAUAAUAUAACUUACCGUGUAACUGUGAAUGUUGCUUCCGAAUCCAAAACUACUAGAAAUUGUAUUGAAUGGAGUUUAAACUAGCAUAAGGGGUAUGACUAUGUUCUUAAUAAAUAACGAUAGAUAUUUUUAUAACUAUCAAACGUUUACGAUGUAUGUAAUGUACCUGUAACACUGGAAACUUGUGGAUGGCUGGUUAGCUGAGGUAAUCGGAAUGUCAUACAGUCCAGCUCACUGUGAACUGCGGACUGUAAGCAGAGUGUAUUGUAUGUACCAUGUAGCUACCAGAUGUAGCAUAUUUGCUCGUUAAUAAAUUAUUACCCUAUAAAGCAUGUACCACAGAACUAAUUACUAAUGUUCUACUAACUAAUAUCAGUUAGCUUUGUUAAUCAGCUGUUCAUAUAUGAAGUAUGUUGACUAAAUAAACAUUAUUAAAAUUUCAAA